AAGCUGUGGUGAAUACUGAUAAUCAGAUAAAGUUUGAAGUUACACAACCUCUGUCAACUUAACUGCAUUUACAGUAAUACUCUAAUGAACUGUCUUAGUCUCUUAACUGUGUUAGUUUGAGAUUUCUGCUGUCGUUAUUUUGACUUCACAACACUUUCAUCCAAGACUUCUCUACAAUAACAUCAUCCUGAGAUGAUCAUGAAGUCAUCUGUGCCCGUCGUGGCCCUGAUCGCACUAGUGGUGUCCAGGGUGCAGGCAUUUCUGUCAGAUGGCAGUAACGGAAACACCCAUGUGACCAUUACUCGUCAUGCUGUGAUGGCAAAGAUCCAGGAGGUGUGUGAAGCAGUGGCUGAAUCAGAAGGAAGAGAAUUCAGAAUUCAUCCGGGAUCAUCACCCGAAGAGGUGCUGCGUGCAUGUCUGGGCACGGCCACAGGUGAGGUUUCGGGAGCCAAGUUUCACACAGCACUGAAUCAGAUCUACAUGCAGAAUGGAUUUGUGGACAGUGAUUUCAUGAGCAGUGCACCACACCACUUCCACGAUGAGGCCUUCACUGAGGGGCGUAACCUCAUCAUUCAGGGGAUUGCAGCUAUUAAAGCGAAUGUCCAUACAGACAACCUUCAGUCUGCCAGAGAAACACUGGGGCGAGUGUGUCACACACUGCAGGAUUUUUACAGCCACAGUAACUGGGUUGAAUUAGGGUACAAAAGUCCAUAUGCCAACCUCAUCAGACCGGAUCUCAACAUUGAGAACAUUGCAGGCGUUGCAAUGCCAACAUGCAGUGACUGUGCCAGUGGUACCUGUCCAAAUCAGCUGCUCCCUGCCAUUCUGAAGGGGAAGUUCCUCACUUCAGGAUACAUGGGCUUGUUCUCCGCUGACAAACCUCAAGGUAAAUGUAGUCAUGGUGGAAAGUCUGAUCUCAGCAGUAAACAGAAUCCUCGAGGUGGGAUCAGUAAAGAUGAGCGGCUUUCCUAUAAUGCUGAUCUACACAAUAAAGCCGUGAACCUGGCAUCUGAAGCCACCCUGGAGCUGCUGGAGGACAUCCGUGGAGCUAUAGGAAACAAGGACUACCUUCGGCUGAUGGGUAUUGCACGAUCUGCAGUGCUGGCUUUUGUGAUUGACACCACAGGCAGUAUGGCAGAAGAAAUUGCAGAAGCCAAGAGAGUCGCCUUCAAAAUCAUUGACAGUAAGAAAGGAACUCAAGAUGAACCAUCUGAAUAUAUUCUGGUACCGUUCAAUGAUCCAGGUUUUGGACCACUAAUAAGAACCACAGACCCAAAUGUAAUGAAGUCAGAGAUCUCCAAGCUCAAAGCGGAUGGAGGAGGAGACACACCAGAAAUGUGCCUGUCAGGACUUCAGUUGGCUCUGACAGGUGCUCCCUCCUCCUCAUAUAUAUAUGUGUUUACCGACGCUCCAGCAAAGGAUAUAAACCUGAAGGAAACCAUCAACGCUCUCAUCCGCAGCACCAAGUCUUCAGUGACUUUCUUAAUGGGGUCAUUUAGCAGGAGGAGAAGGUCAUUGAAUGCACGGUCAGAAUUUCAGGUGUAUUAUGACAUUGCCUUGGCCUCUGGUGGUCAAGCCAUUGAAGUCUCCAAGUCCAGCAUCUCUCAAGCCACUGACAUCAUUGUUGAUACCUCUACUUCAGCCCUGGUGACAAUUCUUCAGCGCUCCAGAGAUCCUGGACGUGUGGAGAGUUUCUCCUUCCCCCUGGAUGAGUCUGUGUCCAACACUACCAUCUACAUCACAGGAAGUAGCCUCACAUUCAACCUACGCAGCCCGACAGGUGUGUCUCAAUCUAACACUGUUGCCAACGGACCUCUGGGAAAAAUUCAGACAGUAGGAAACCUGCAACGGAUCCAAUUAAAUAAAAUUGAGAUGGGCCUGUGGUUUAUUGAAAUGGCGACAUCUCAGCCCUACACCAUAAAAGUGAUUGGUCAGAGUGCGAUUACAUUCAUCUACAACUUUGUGGAGGAAUUCAAAGGACCCCAUCCUGGAUAUGCUGUCAUUGAUGGGCGGCCGUCAGCAGGCUCACCGGCUAAGCUGCUACUAACACUGUCUGGAGAGAAAGGUCCAGAGGCUCUAGAGGUGCAUGAGGUCGCUCUCGUGGAGGUGUCUGGGGUCAAGGUGUCUAAUGGAACCGUAGAGAAAAUGGCUGGUGGAGAUUUCCUAGUUACUGUGAAAGAAGUGCCAGAAGGAGAGUUUGUGAUAUUGUUGAAAGGAAAAGACAAGACCUUCUCCAGCUUGUUUCAGAGGCAGACCACCACACUGAUGUCUCAGUCCAAAGUCACUGUCAAGGCAAAGGCAGACAGCUCCAUGUUGCCAGGAGAAGAAUUUAAACUAAAUUUUACUGUUACAACCAGUGGAUCAAGCGGUACCUACACAAUUCGUGCAAGGAAUGACAAAAACAUCCCCAUGACGCAUCCAUCAACGCUCAGUCUCGUGAGCGGCGGCAGUGCUCAAGGGACAGUGUCUCUCACUCCUCCUGCUGAUACGGUCUCAGGCACAGAUGUUACGCUAACCAUCGAGGCAGAGGGUCCUGGAGGAAGUGAUUCUAACUAUGCUGUCCUUCGACUUUCUGUUCUCUCCAAGGUGACUGACUUGACACCACCAAAAUGUGAAAUUGUCGAUGUACAGGGCACUUGCAACUCCUCCUCUUGCAACUCAUCAAACUGGGAACUGUCUGUCAACAUCACAGACGGUAAUGGCACAGGCAUUGAGAGAAUUUCCAUCCAGCAAGGCAGUGGAAACUUAACCCAGAAGAAAGUGGAAGAUGGUGUGAUGGGUCUAUAUGAGGCCUCAUGUUGUUCAACUUCCGUGACUUUGUCCGCGGUUGACAAGGUCGGGAACGUGGGCAGAUGCAGUUACACCAUGAAGUCUAGUGCAGGCUCUUGCCUCAUGUCCCUCCCUCUGUGGGCAUCUCUGCUUUUAUACGGUUUUCUACGUGAAUCCUUUACUCUGUAAUGAUAUGGAGUUCAUCCAACCAAAUACACAAUCAUCCUAUCAUCUCUUUCUCAUCCCAUCCUUCUAUGAAAAUAUUUUUAUAAAGCUUUCUCAGAGCUGUGAAAUAAUGUAAAGCAAAGUAUUUCAUCCAAAACGUUUAAUUAUUGGUAUUUCCAACUAUUCAGGACUACUAAUGAAGAGCAUUCUGCUUCAUUAGUUUUAUAAUGUUUAUGUGAACUCAUCUAUAAAUCAGAAAUCAUUAAAGUCUUUGUCUUAUUAACAUGGAUUUAAUUUUGAGUUAUGGUUGUCAUAUUUCAUACUAGUUUAGUGAAAUUAUUUGUAUAAUCAAAAUACAAAUGAAUGUUGCAAAAAGGUAAAAAAUAAUGUAAAAAUAAAAUUUUGUGAUGCAGAUCCCGGCAGACAAGCAAUGAUUAUGUUAGACAUCAAAUUUGAAUAAGGAAUAACAAAUUUUAUUAAAAAUUAUAGACAUGUUUAUCCGGUAUUAAAAUUGUAAUAACAUAUACGUUUAAACAAAAAUAAGAUAUAUCUUAUUCUAUAGUUUAUAAUAAAUUCCAAAGUGUUGUAUCUAAAAGAUGAAGAUUAUGAAGAUCAGAGUAUAGUGAAAGAAGGACCCAAAAUAAGUAAGAUAUUUGCUGAAUGAAAAGAGAGGUAGAAAAGAAGAAGCAGAAGUGAUAAGCAACAUAAGAGCAACGAACCUUACAUCCUCUUAAACUUAUGUUUUGUUCUGAUAAGAAGAGGUCAAACAGACUUAUCUAUUAUGACAUAGUUGGUGUAACGGCUAGGUCGGUGUGACCAGUCAUAUGUCAAAAAUAAAUGAAUAUAUGAGGUGAUAGAACAGAUAUAUGAGGUGUGGUUUUGACACCUUUAAGACCUUUAAGACAAUUUUGCAUAUCUUUCAUUAUCUCAUGCCUCAUUAUCUCACAUCACCUAAUCAAUUUGGAUGGAAAAUACACCCACUCGAUCUUACAGCACAGAAGAGACACCAAAGAUCUUACAUUUGGAAAUAAUCAUACCAGAGCAUACAGUAGAAAAUAUAUAAAUGAUUAAAAAAAAAUCUAUAACAUGUAAUAGAAUAAUAAUAAAGCAAUAAACCCCAAGAAGCCAUGGUUUACAGUGAAUUUAUAACAGAUAAGGGGUGUUGUUAGGCACGACACAGAGCGGACUGCCUAAACCUCCUUAGCUGUUAUAAAUUCACUGUAAACCGCGGUUUCACUGGGCUUAUUGCUUUUAUAAAACGGUUACUACACAAUACAAAUAUUAAAGCCAAAAAAUAUGUAUCAGUGCAACUUUCAUGCAGUAAAAUCAUUAAAAGGCUUUCUUCCGCUGGAAAAAAUAGUCCCUGACUGUGAACAGCAACAGAAGUUACAUUUAUUUUGCAAUUUGAUGGGCCGAAACUACCCCUUUUAUAAUGCAACUUAUAAAAAGGUUAGUUCCAGUCCUUGAUUCUGAUUUUUUUAUUAGUUCAUGAUAAAGCAUGGCUGUGUAUCCAUCCAACACACUUAGCAACAUAAUCAAUAUGGUCUUCUCAUAUAGGAGAUACAUAUGUUAAUGUGUGCACGUCUGUGUGGAAGCCCACAGAGGGAACAUUACUGUAUUUAAUACUUUUCUGUUUCAGUUAUGGUACUCUAUGUCCAUCAAUUUACACUGUAAUGACGCUUGCAAACUCGCACUGUGCUGCAAAUUGGUCUGUUUUUAAAUGAUAGAAAACAUGUUUUCUCAUGCUGAGACAGGCUAAACAAAUGUAUGUGUGUGAGAAAAUAUAUAUGGUGUUAAAAAAUAAAUGACACAGCAGAUGAGAA